ACGCCUCUGCCAUCAGUCGAUCCAUUGGUCCAGAGAGAGAAACGCAUUGACUGUUUGACAGACGCUGCUAGUGCAAUCUGCUCUCUCUUUUCCGGUUAGGUUGGUUGAGGACUUGAGGUGCUUGUAAGAUGGGUUCUGGUGGCAAGUGUCUGGCGUUGGCCGCGCUGCUGCUCGUGAGCUGCGCGUCGACGGCGACCGCGGCGAAGUACACCGUCGGCGACACCUCCGGCUGGACCACCGGGGCGGACUACACCACCUGGGCCAGCGACAAGAAGAUCAAAGUCGGCGACACCCUCGUGUUCAACUACGCCGGUGGGGCGCACAACGUGGCGGAGGUGAGCGCGGCGGACUACGCGUCCUGCUCCGCCGCGAACGCGCUCAGCAGCGACGGCAGCGGCGCCACCACCAUCGCGCUCAAGACCGCGGGGAAGCACUACUUCAUCUGCGGCGUCACCGGCCACUGCAGCAACGGCAUGAAGCUCGUGGUCAACGUCGCCGCCGCCACCGCCGCCUCGCCGCCCAAGGCGUCCCCGACCCCGGAUACCCCCGACACCCCCUCCACCACCCCGACGUCCCCGUCCACCCCCGGCGCCACGCCCAAGACCCCGGCGACCGUGCUCGCGCCCCCGGCCAAGCAGUCGGAGUCCGGCGCCACCGGGCUCAGGGCCACGGCGCUGACUGGCCUGGGCAUCGCCGGGCUUGUGGCCGCGGGUCUCUUCUAGGGACGAGGCCAGGGUGGAGGCAGUGCUGUACGUACGUACGUACGUACGUUAGGUUGCAUGUCGUCGAUCAGCUCAUCGUGUCAGUCGUUUCUCGUUUGUUGAGGAGGCCAUAUUUCUUUUGACGGAGGGGACUAGCUUUUGUUGUGGUUGGCACGGGGGUUGGAUGCCUUGGAUUCCAUGCUAUGAUUUUUUUACAUCACAUUCAUGUCAUUGUCGUGUAUUUUUGCCUACUUUGUACUGUGCUACGUGAGUGCUGGUUCAUUUAUCUAUAGGCAGAUUUGCACGUGUGAUUUAUUUUCAUAUAA